AUUUGUCCAAAUCCAAUCACGCUCACCACAUCCGGCAUCGAAGGCAUUUUCGAUAUCCAAAGAGUCAUAAUCACCAUGCCGCAUGCUGAGCAACUUCAGCACCAGGUGGAAAGUGCGGUGCAUGAAAGCGAGAAGAUCAGCGGCGAGUGUACUAUCAGUACUGGACUUUCUACGAUAGCAGUCAAAUUUUCUUGUGCUGUCGGUGAUUUGCGGAAGGAGCUGAACGUGUGUGACGUUGUAAGACAAGCGUUGUUUGACGAAGAAGUGGAGGGACGGGCACAAGGGUCAACACAGACUGAGCAACCACUUACCCCAGGACAAGAAAGCACAAACUAUUACAACAAACUCACUUCGAUAUCGUCUGGCUUAAUGCGACAAGGAUCUCCAGCGACUGGAGCCACCGAGAAUGAAGAUGUUAAGAAAGAUGUUCAGAAUGAAGAGACUCAGAUUCAAGCCUCUGGCCAGACUGAAGAGCAGAGAAGGGUGACCGCCAUGCUGGACUUUGUCCAAGAAAGUGACCUCAACUUUAUUGUCGGUGAAUGGGUUCUAGCAAGAUUCACAGGUGCUGAAGGAGCAAAAUGGUUCCUUUGCCAACUCGAACUCGGCUCCACGCACAAUUAUUAUGGACGAAGAAUUGCUACGGACGAGAUUGACUUCAAGACUGUAGUGCCGGAGUCCGGACUUAUGGGACACUGGAAGAACUACAUGGAGAACAAGAAAGCAGAGCUGUGCCGAGUUGUGAGUAUAUUCGUUCACGCACGCGAUGCUCGAAGGUAUGCAGACGAGGUAGCCGGCCCAGAAAAGGAGAAAAAGGACAGAGAGGCACCGGAUAAGACUGAGGAAGAUGAAGAUUCAGACAACGCAAGGUCAGACCCCAAGGAGAGGCUGAUGGACUUUAUCAAACGAGGGACACACAUCGGCGCGGGAAUUGUGCAAACUGUUACCGACAGGUGGGGGGAGAGACUGGAUGGGAUGUUGAGUGACACCAUCCUUCAGAAGGUGCAGAAAGACUUGAGGGCUGCAAUCGUAAAUUUGAAUGAGAACAAGGAUUUAUUGCCGGCUAUGUUUCUGAGUGGAGUCAAGGUUCAUAUGUUCUGA